AUGGGUUCGACCCUGAAUUUGAAACGCCAACACGCUGCAGCGGGUGAAGCUGCAGAUGAUGGGAUCAGCCGUCUCCCAGACUCUGUUCUUUCUCACAUUCUCUCUUUCGUCCCUACAACUGAUGCAGUGAGAACCAGCGUCUUGUCCACCAGGUGGAAGCACCUCUUAGCUUCCGCCAGUAACCUCCACUUCGACGAUUCCCGUGUCGUCUCUGAAUACCUAAAUCGUAGUGGGAAAAGGCAUAAAACAGAUUUGGCCCCUCUUCAUAGUUUUGUGAUUUUCGUUUACAGAGUGUUGGCGCUGGGCAACUCACUGCUGAUAAAUAGAUUCCGUCUUAAAUGUACUGCCGGCCAGUUUCUCGGGUACGAGAUGAAACCUCAUCUAAAUACAUGGAUAUCCGUUGCACUAUGGCAUGGUGUUCGAGAACUUGAUCUUCAUAUUUCACCGCUAACAAAAUCAAACCUCUUGCCUUGCAGUCUUUUUACCAGCGCAACACUGAGGGUUCUAAAAUUGACCAUGAAUGGCGCUGAGCUUAAUGUUCCUGCAAGUGUUCGUUUUUCAAGUCUGAAGAUUCUUCAUCUUCGGAGCAUGGUGUUCGUCGAUGAUGGUUCGGUUAAGUGCUUAUUUUCUGGCUGCUCUGUGCUUGAAGAUCUGCUCAUAGAAUUCUGCAAUUUUAGCAGAAUGAAAGUCAUUGAUAUUUCAAUACCUACACUUCAAAGGCUGACCAUUAAUGGAAGAACAUCCAAUUACGAAUAUAUAAUACCUCAGUAUGAAAUAGUGUUUGAUUUUCCGCUCCUUGAGUACCUCAACUACGUUGAGUUUGGAGUCAAAGGAUUUGAAUUGAAGAAUCAGGAAAAUUCUCUCGGUGAAGCUCAUGUUAACAUUCGUCCGGUAUAUGGAAUGCGGUCUAUAGCAGGUCUGAAAGUUGUCAACUUUCUUGAAGGCAUCUGCAAUGUGAGUUUUCUCCACUUAAUAAAUGAUCCUCUACUGGGUUUCUCACGUACCAGCAGUUGGCCUGCGAGAUCACAAUCUUCCACUACCUUGCAGAAUAAAAGGCAGAAGCGCAUGUCAUCAAUGCUUCGAAAAAUUGAAAUAAGGGAAUUUACUGGGAGUGAAUAUGAAUUCAAGCUGAUAGG